UUUAUUUACUCGAAGAAUAGAAGAAGCGAUGGUACGAAGAAAGACGAGCUGGGAUGAAAUAAGACCACGAGAAAGAAGAAUGCCCAGGUUAAAAAUAGCCGCGCGCAUUUUCAAAUAAAAAGUGAUAAGUAACCUGCAGGAUAACGAUUAAGGAGGAAGGUAAAAAAGAGAGUCGAGAAAAAAAAGGAUACCGACGGAGCAGAAAGAAGAUCUGUAAAACAGAAUGAAGAUAAAGAAAUGUGUAAAAGCAACCACAUUUACACAGGGAGAAAAGAAAGAUUAUCUUGGCCCAUUGGAAUAAUAUAUUGAGUAUAUGGUGGUCAAGCUUGAUUCGAUGUUGGUUUGAAUAAAGGCAAGAACCGGUGGUGUGUACAGGACUUGGAAGGAGGAAUCUCCCACCCUAUAGCUUUUACCCGUGUACAUAUUUCACAUGGUUUACUGGCUACACAAUCAAGUGCAUCUAGCAUCAAGUCACUAAGUGAACUUACCUGCUCUAUCUCCUAGAGACUGCAGCAUGCUCAAGAUAUAAAUUUAAUCAAAAUUUUCCGAGGGCAACCUUCGGGUGUCCCUCCGCCACUAGCUUGAGCUGGACUGAAAGAAAAGGAAGAGGGAAAGGAACGAGUUCUUCAGUGCCUGUGCACAGUCUAGUUCAAGACUCACGAUGAUAGUGAACGUCCCAUGAAGAUUCCUCCGGCCGGGUUACCCUUCUCUGCCUAAACUAGAAACUAGUGUUACGGAGCGUCUAGUGGACCGACUACCGUUUGCAUAGGUCGCGGAACCUCUACAGAUUAACUUAAUCGAGUAUUUUUCUCCACUUUCUUCACACGAAUAUGACAGUAAAGAAUGCAAAAACAAAGUUGGUUCCGCCGGACGGAGGAUGGGGUUGGGUUGUUCUUUCUUCAGCUCUUAUUGUGAACUUCCUUAUUCCAGGCACCGUAAAAUCGUUCGGUGUCCUUUUCGUCGAAUUUCUUCAUGUUUUCAAAGCUUCUUCCACCGCUGCCUCCUGGAUGCCAGCUUUAUGCUAUUUUUUAUACAACUCUUUAGGUCCAUUAUCGAGCAUUUUAUCAAACAAGUAUUCCUAUAAAACAGUAACUAUUAUUGGUGGCGCUUUUGCGGCUUGCGGAAUGAUGCUGAGUUAUUUUGCUAAUUCAGUUUCUUAUUUAUACGUUAGUUAUGGCUUGAUGGUUGGAAUUGGAGCUGGAUUAACAUUUCCACCAACGGUAUACAUUGUUACCUCGUAUUUUGAAAAAUUGCGAGGUGUUGCAAAUGGCUUAUGCAUUUCUGGUAGUGCUAUUGGAACUAUCGUAUUACCCCCGUUUCUGCAGUAUCUUCUCGAUUGUUUUGGAUAUAGAGGUGCAGUAUUAGUCAUGGGUGCACUUACAUUGAAUACAUUAGUUUGUGGUUUAUUGUACCAUCCUGUCGAACAACAUAUGAUUGCAAUACCAAUAGAAGGAGGAAUUGAUAAUCAAGGAUUAACUAUAGAUGAACCAGUUCUUGAUAAACAAAAGUCAACAGAAUCCACUACAAUUGAAAAUGAAACAACAUAUAGCAACACAGCAUCAAAGAAAAAAGAAAACUUCCAAACAGAAAAUGAGAUAAAUAAUCCUAAAAUAAAUGAUUUGAAAGAUAAAAAUGAAGAUGUAACUGAAAAUAAAAUAAAUGAAACGAAAAAAGAAAGUAUUUUUGACGAAGAUAAAUUACAGUUAAAUAAAAAACAAAAAAGUACUGGAGAUCAUCAGAAUGCGGAUUCUUCACGAGAAAGUAAUAUUUCUGAAAUGAAUGUAACAUUCUGUAAAUUGGAAAGUGAAAAUCCAGAAUUACACAAUCUACCAUCAAAUGAGAAUAAAGAUAAGAAAAUACAUGAACGAUUGAAAACAAAAGAAUCAGAAGAAUUAUCAGAAAAAUCAACAUCUAGGACAUCAUUAUCCAAAGUUGAAGUUACAGGUAAAAGACAAUUCUUUGACCUAAGUGUAUUAAGGGAUCCAAUUUAUUUAGUAAUUCUCAUUUCAAAUUCUACCUCAGCUAUCAGCAAUACCAAUUUCAUGAUCUUACUGCCUUCUUAUGCCAUUUCACAAGGAUUUGAUAAAAAUUCUUCUGCGUUACUUUUAUCAAUUGUUUCUGCUCUUGAUUUAGUUGGACGAAUCAGUGGUGCUUCAUUAUCAGAUAUUGAUUUUAUGCCAAAGUAUUAUUAUUUUAUUGGUGGUCUUGGUACCAGUGGAAUAGCUUUAGCAUUAUUACCUAUGGCAACAAGUUAUGCAAUGCUUUCUUUUUUUUGUGCAUUAUUUGGAUUAUCAUCAGGCAUGUACAUUGGAAUCACAACAGUAAUUUUAGCAGAUAUGAUUGGUACAGAAAAACUUAGUUCAUCGUAUGGAAUAUCUUUAUUUGUUAAUGGAGUUCUUCAACUAAUUGGUCCACCUAUUUGUGGUAUUGUAUUUGAAACAGUAGGAUCAUAUAAACCCAUUUUUUUAGCUUUCGGUAUCAUACUUAUUCUAGGCACUGCAUUAUGGGCAGUUGUACCACUUAUAAAAAGAAAUAACAAAAAAACUUUGCAAGAUGUAUAA